GGGAACCUCGAUGAGUAGCGGUGUUGUUUUCUCGCUGGUUGAGGUGACUUUUAUUUAUGAUUAUCGGUCAUUUAAACGUCUACCGGACUGUUCUUUUGGUCCUUACACCCGUAGUGUUGUUUACAAUGUCUUCAGGCGCCGGUGAAAAAUAUGUUUCUGUAGAUUUUGAAGUGUUCGGGAAUGUUCAGGGUGUUUGCUUCAGAAUGUAUACUGAGGAAGAGGGAAAGAAACUGGGAGUGACUGGUUGGGUAAAGAACACUAGAGAGGGUACUGUGGUUGGACAGGUGCAAGGACCCCCUGACAAAGUUAAAGAAAUGAAGUACUGGCUUAGCAACGUGGGCAGUCCCAGUUCUCGAAUCCACCGCGCUCAGUUCACCAAUGAGAGAGACAUCUCCAAACUGGAGAUUCACGGAUUUGGCACUCGCUACUGAAACCAUCCCAGUUUGUUCAGCUCAGACUGUUUGAGUUUCAGUCUUGACAAAGAACACAAUCAUUGCUAGAGAUGCAAACCAGAUCUAACCUGAACUGACACUUUAAAAGAAACACAUCCUUAAAAGAAAAUUCCAUCAUUUACUCACACUAAUGUUGUUCCAAACCCAUAUGAUUGUCUUUCUUUGUUCCAUGGAACAGGUUUAAUACACAGUGCUGUUGAAUCCAUUUUGAUCAUCCUGAGCUCCUAAAAAUGAUGUGACAUUUUUGCAAAAUGAUAUUUCGCAGUUCAUUACACACAUUGCAGCAGCUCCAAGGUGAAAUCUCCACUGUGUGGUUAAAUGUUCUCUCAAACCAUUGAGGUUUUUAAGGUGCUCUAUUGAGUUUUAAAUCAAUAAAACCGACCUCCCAACCCUAAAACUUAAACCUAAACAUAACCGAAAAGCAAUGGUGAGAUGAAAACCACAAUGGAUUGAGCUUGAACAAGCUUGUAAAUGUAGUUGGUUAUGUAAUGCAAACAUUAAAAUAUAUUAGCCGUUAAAGUGUUUAGAUGACAUAAGAUAUCAUUGUGUGAAGAACAGGGCUAUAAGUAAGUGUUUAUGGACUGAUAAUCUGCCGUUUACUCGUGAUUUGUGUGAAAGUGAAUUUAAGUCAUUGUUGUAGCGCCUCCAGUUCUCGUUUCACCAUUAUUCUCUUGUUUUUACUGUUGCUUGUGUUUGUCCUGUGUACUACUGUUGUGCUAUCUUCGAGGGUUGCCAUACUUCAUUUCAUUGUGUUGUAUACAAGGACAAUAAAGCAUCUUAACUCUUAAGGAAACUGCCGCUUUAUGUACCACGAGCCAAGAAAAAUCAUUUUGCAAAAAUGUUGGUAUAGUAAUGUGAUUCUAUGAGACCAGGUUGUUUUUAAUGAUUGAAAGCUGUAGUCCCUAUUCAUAGUAAUUGCAUGGAAAAAAGCGACCAGUACAUUCUUCAAAAUCUCUCUUUUUGUGUUCUAGAAAGUAAUUAAUUUGAAUUUGGAAUCCAUGAUGUUAUUUUCUUUUUCAGCUGAACUAUUCUUUUAACCCCUAAUUAUGUUUACUGGUUAAUAUAUAUUAGCAUAUUUUUGUUAGUACGAAUGAAUUGUUAGAUAUAACUCAACAUCCUGUUUCCUAACAAAAUACAAACAAUUAAAGGUUGCCAAUAUUCUUUUACUUGAACAGCCAAUUAAAACUCAUCCUGAAAUAUAAUAUAUGAAAGGAAAUAUAAUACAUUUUCAUACAAAUUUUAUGUCUUCAGCUUGAACUUGACCUGAACUUAAGUAUGUCCAUAUAAAUUAUUUUGAUGAUGACUAAUAAAACUCCAU